GUGGUAUUGGUUCAAUUGGUGUUCUGUAAAUUAUCACAUUAGACUCCUUCGCGUCGCGUGUUCUCACUCCUUUUCCUAGCGGUGACCGUCUAUCGCAUCUCCCUCAUUUUAGAAUUUUGCUUUCGAUCGUAACUAAUCUGUAAUAUUGCCGGUUUGCGCUUCUUAGGCUCUACCACUAAUGCCAACGACACCUGGCUGGUGCCCUCAUAUCUAAUUAACUAAUAUCCAGCAGUCGAGGCAUCGCGCCACGUUCAAUAUUUUCACUCUCCAACCUGAGAUCCAAAACUUGUCCCAUGCCCGGUCCCUUGUCUCACCCUCUUUCUCCGACUGUCUGAUAUUCACGAAACAGAUCAGUCACCAUUACUUGCGCAUAUUCCACCGGUGCCAUGGUCAUGGCAAGUGACGCUGCUGAGCAUGUCACAACGCCUUCCACCAUUGCCGUCAACAAUGAUAAGCUUCAUAAUUUCCCCUCUGAGAUCAACCUCUUGACCCUCAACUGCUGGGGUCUUCGCUACAUAUCGACCCAGCGAAUUGCAAGACUUGACGAGAUAGGACGCAGAAUUGCACACGCCGUCCCUACACCGCAUAUCGUUUCCCUGCAGGAAUGUUUUACACAGGAGGAUUACCAAGCCAUUCGCCAUCACACUCGCCAGAUUCUCCCCUAUGGAAAGUUCUACCACAGCGGUGCUUUUGGUGGCGGUCUGGCCAUCUUGAGUCACUGGCCGAUCGAGGAGAGUACCAUGUUCAAGUAUCCCCUCAAUGGGCGACCAACUGCAUUUUGGAGGGGAGACUGGUAUGUAGGCAAGGGUGUUGCUUGCGCCAAAAUUCGCUUUGGGCCAAGGAGAAAGGACAUAAUCGAGGUCUUCAAUACACAUACCCAUUCCCCAUACGAGCCCGAGCCUGUGAGUACAUACGACUGUCAUCGAGUUGCGCAGUCAUGGGAGAUUUCAAAGCUUAUGCGCGGCGCUGCUGAACGCGGACAUCUCGUUGUCGGAAUGGGUGAUUUCAACAUGUUACCCUUGUCCAUAUUUCACCGGGUAAUUACAACACAUGCGCCUGUUCAUGACAUCUGGCGCAAAUUACACCCUGAUAGCGCUCUUGGUCCUGCCUACCAUCCAUCUGAAAAGGAUCGUCAUCGGCCAUUACCGACAGCCGCCUUCAAUCUCCUCGAGAAUGGCGCAACCAGCAACUCCGUCUAUAACACAUGGCGCUGGAACAAAAACCAGCAGAAUCGGCUCAAGGGAGGCGAUCUUUGCGAGGUCCCACCUGAUACCAUUGAUCCUCAAGGCCAGCGACUCGACUACAUCUUUGCCUCGACAGGUGUCGACCCUGAUGCUCCUGCUGCCGCUCCUGGUUGGAUCGUCAAGUCGGCUCAUGUUUCAAUGACUGAGCGGCAUCCUGAUCUCCUUUGUUCCCUCUCCGACCACUUUGCUGUUCAAGCCACUCUCGUCCGGCAUACCCCUUCCCCAUUGCCUAUCAGAGCUGAUCCCCGCUCCGAAACGCCAUCUGCUGCUCUGCAGACUGGCGCAUACUUGGCCUCCAGUAGCCCGGCUAGCAGCAUUCACUCUGGUGACGCAGCGCAGACUGCGGAUCCUGAUACCCAACUCAGGCGAGGUCGCUUCUCUAAUCACGAUUCAUUUCAGACGUCCACUUACGAUGAAAUUCUGGGAAUGAUACAAAAAUACCAUGCUCGCGAGAUUCGCCAGCGCUACUGGCGAGGCAUACACUUCUUUGGCGCAUUGCUUGUCUGGCUAGCAUGUCUUGUCGCUGUCUGGUUUAGUCCUGGAAACUGCGUCGCAUUUGUCCUUAUGCUGGUCAGUAGUCUUUGCUUGGUCGCUGGAGUUAUCGAUGGUCUGCUCUCGCUACUCUUCUUCUCUUGGGAGAUCCGGGCCCUCAAGGAAUUUGAAUGGGAGAUUCGCAAUGCCAAAGCUGUUGCGUCUGGUGACCCAGCUGCUUUAACGGAGUCUGUUUCGUACAGCAAUACCAACAAAAGAUCCAAAUCACAAUGAAGGAUGCACGCUCAAUGUUAUGGUAAUGAUUUGAUGUUUCUACAUAGGGCGAGGAUGAUGAAAUGAGUAUCAGGAUGAAGGUACACACGCCGAUAAGGUCUAGCUCUUAAUGUCUAUUCGUAAUACUACUCACAAUACUUCUGAGGGCUGAACACCUUCGUAUCUCAUACCGUCCUCCUCUUCUUCUCUUUGCUUUUUGUUCAACGCUCAAUAUUCUGUGUUGAAGCCUGGCUUUCGUCCAUUUUCCGCGUCUCCGUUACUUUCGGAUCGAUAUAUCCACCGGGUCUCAUCCGACGCCAGGUAUAGCCCAUGAAAGCCGUCUCUUUUCGAAUUCUUAAUGAAGUCCUUUUGGUAUCCUUGUCCCGGAGCAGCAUGUCUCUUGGUCGUUUGCGCUCUUUAUGGCCAUAAAAUCUAAUAAACUGCUUCAGUGUAGCCUUGUCGUUCGGCUGAAGUUCCUUUGAUCCAUCAAUAUCCCGGUCUAUACUUCGAAGCUUGGCGGCGUCGAACGGAAUUUUGAUAAGCUCCAUAGCCUUUGCUUGCACAUGGGUAUCAAAUCCAAAAAGGAUCUCCUUGACAUCUUCCGAUCUUAGAAAGACACCCGAGGGAAUCGACUCAGACCAGUCUUCAAAUGGUUCAGAUUCAUCAAAAUAGUGUGCAUCGUCAUCGCCCUUCAGAUUCGGAGUGAAUGGAGGAGGCAUUGAUUGCAGGCGAUCCCAGGGCGUGUUUCUGAACCACCUGUGCGCUUUGAUAUCUUCCGCGUCAUCGGGAAACACAUAGCUUUUGAACGAAUCCCGGUAUUUGACCUG